GCACCGAGCAGCUGUUUCCCGCCAAAUAGUACUCCAUUGUAUAUCUUACUCACCGCGACCUGACUCGUAGUAAGCUUUGUUUACAACCUGAAUUUUCAGUUUUUCGUGGGCGCAAAUUUGCCAAAUUUGAUUCCAUAGAAUCUGCGAAGAUGUCCUUUCAAUCGAAGUCAGCGGAUAAGCGACGCAAUUUCAUGGUUUACGACAUCCAAGACGCGGAAGCGCUGAGAGAUAUGUUGAGAAGCAGCAGUGAUCUGUCACCUAAAGCUCAUUUGGAGCAAGAGAAGAAAAUACGGCGUGAGAUAGCCAACAGUAACGAGAGGCGCCGUAUGCAGAGCAUUAAUGCUGGGUUUGAGACGCUGAAAACCUUGCUGCCACAGACAGAUGGAGAAAAGCUGAGCAAGGCUGCAAUUCUUCAGCAGACGGCAGACAUACUGACAAGUCUGGAGGGAGAAAAGGCACGACUCUACUCCCAAAAUGUCCAACUGAAGCGAAUGUUGCAGGAAAUGACGAGAGACGACACGGGAGGCUCUCCCCCACCGAAACGGAAGAAGAGAGAUACAGAAUCAUCAGACGAAGGCAUAAGCAUGAGCAUGGACGAAAACAUAGACGAACUGAAGAAAGAGUUGAAGGACCUGCGCUCACAAUUGGACCAUGAACGCCAGCUGCGAAGGAUGCUCGAGAAACAGAUUUGCACUUUGGAGAACCAGUUGUACCGUGAACCCAUCCACAGUUACACGCCCACAGUGCCGCCGAUGCAGGAAGAAAGGAGGGCGACAAAGGAAGAUGCCUCGCCAUUUUAUCACCAUCACCACCAAAUUCCAGAAGCAAAGCAUGAGUCCAUGGAAGAUGUGGAGGAGACAAAAUCAGAAAUUGUUUACGAUAAUCGUCGUCUCCAGCCCCAGCCAGCUCCGACCUUCUCCACUCCGUCAAUUUACACCAGCAGCAUGUCAAGGCGGAACCUCGAAACCAUUGUAGAAGCCAUCCGCCAUCUUGAAGGAGAUCGAGUUUUGCUUGAUGAGAGAAAUGAAAACAGUAAAGGGGAAGAGAGUGAGAGAGAUUUCAGCAUUUCAAUGAGCGACCAAGAAGAUUUGAAGUCAGAGUUGUCAUCGUCAUCGUCACCUUCUGGGCGAGAAUCCCCCUCGUUGUCAUCAACGUCAAGUAGUCAUGGUAGUUUAAGCUUGAGCAGUUCACCCUCCAGCAGUAAUUCUUCAUUUCCGUUCCGCGAGGACCAUUACACAUGUACUGUCAAUGCUGAAAAAUAUCCCAUGGUUUCUAUGGGUUUGAUACAGCGACCUUUCCACCAUGCGUACCUUCAGAGACCCGGUGUCAUUGUUCACAAGUCGUCCUAAUGGUUAUCCAACGUAAAGACUGUGCAAUUUCAAGAAUUCUGACUCUGAAUAUUCUGUGAAUUGUUUAUAUUAUAAUUAAUAUUAUUAUGAUUAAUAUUUGCAUUAUCAGUAGCAUCAUAAUGGUUGCCUCAGAGUAAUAUAUUACGUAUAUAUAAAUGUAAACAUACAUGUAUAUAAAUGUAUCAGCAUUGCAAAGAGAAUGAUGCAGACCAGGAAAGUGUAGUAGUAAUGAAAUCUCCCACCCCCCAGGCCAAUAUUAGAUUUAUAUAUCUAGUGAAAUAUAGAUAUUUUGACCUGUUUUAUUGUUUUCAUCUGUCUGUCCAUCAUAAUAUAUAUUUUUUGUUAAUUUAGUUUUUUUCUUUUGAAAAAAAAUUAUAUCUUAAUGGUAACAUGUUUAUAAGUGUAGCUUUGUCAUUAUAUUUUAUUCUCUGAAAAAUUGUACAUAAAUUCAAUAUUGAAGCAGAAAAGCAUCAUUUCAGUGAUUAUUGUACAUUAAACCAGAUAAGUUUGAAGCCAAGCUACUGAAAAGCUUUACAAAAAUAUACACCAAAUAAUGCUGUUUCUUUAAUAAGUAACUUUUGGGUAGAUCAUGAAAAAUUAAAUAUCCAAGGCACAGUUCAUGAAAACUUAAUGUCUAUAAGUUCAGUCCAAAAGCAAGGCCAGCCAUCAACUGUUUCAGAAAUGUGUAGACACCUGUAACAGAAAUGAGAGAAACUAAUGACAUCUUAUAACCAAUUACUUGGAGUCAAGGUCCCUAAUUAAGUCAAGCUCUUUUUAAUUGAUAUAUUUUGUUUUAACGUAAGUGUAUCAUGUAAACCAGCUAACUUGCCUUUGUGCAACUUGGUGGCUAAUGUGCUCAGUGUAAAGCUUUGUAUACAUGCCCAUGGCACUACACAACAAUGCAAGUGAAAUGGCAACACUGAGCUUGGGACUAUUAACCCAUUACUUUAUAGACAUGCUGUUUUUGAUGGAAUUUUGAUAUUGUCUGAUGAGAGAUAGAUGCUUCGCAUAUCCACAUCUGUUGUAAUUUUUAUUGCCAUGUUACAAGUUUGUAACAACUAAUUGAUAUUUGCACAAGUUCUGAUGCCAGAGUGUUAAUUAUGUGGUAAUGGAUUGAUCAUUUCAACCGGAAAAACUAUCAAUUUUUCAGACAUAAUUUUGGAAUCAUUAAAAAACAUUUCUUUGCAGCAUUUUGGUGCUUUAACUAUAGAAUUUAGCUAUUAAGUAGUCUCCCUUGCAAUCAUAUUGCCAUCACACAAUAGGAUUGUUUUAAUUUUAAGAAGUUAUUACUUUAAAAAAUUCAGUAUCUGUAAAAUUCACAGUCUUACCUGUUGAAAUGAUCAAGUCAUUAUCAUGGUUUUGAUUUGGGUUGUCGCUCACUUUUUUUUUGUUAAGCCGACAGAUAGGCAGCAUAAACUGUGACUAGAUCCCACAAUGAAAUAUUAUGCUAUUAAUUCAAAACCUUCACUACCCUCAAUCAAAUUUCAAUGAAACAUUACUU